CGGUUGUUAUCAUAUUUUCGCACUUCAGAUGUCAGUGUCUGUGUAAAAUGUAAAUUUGUUGCGUUAAAAUGUCAAAUUUUCGUCAAAAUUUCGUGUUGUUUUUGGAAAUCUACCUGAAUAUUUUGAAGAUUUAUCAAACGUUGUGUCUGUAUUUGAAGUGGAGUUUGGAAAUCAAAGAAAUUCAAAAAAUCUGAGGCGAGUUUUGAACUUUCGGCGCGAAAUUUGAAUUUAAUUUCUGGGUUAUAAACAAUGCGUUUAUUUAUGAACCUCUUAUCUGAGACGGAGUUAAAAUGAGUAACAACAAAAAGAAAAUUGAAAAUACUUUGACGGCUGUUGGGAUAGCUGCUUUGGUGUCAGGGGCGACCUUUGGCCUUUUUUACUACUUGAGAAGUGGUCAACAAACCCAUGAAAACAAUUCGAGUGAUAAGAAAAAGCCAAAGUCUAGUCAAAUUUUCAAAGGCGAUUUGUGCCCCAUUUGUUUUGAUUUUUUGACGACUAAAUACACCACAAUCAAGUGUCAACACACUUUUCAUAAGAAAUGCAUCGCCCAAUGGCAAGCAAUCAACAAUACAUGUCCGAUUUGCAGAAAAAAAUUCGACAACGCCAUCUAGUCAUAGUUUAGGAUUUAUUCUUAGCUCUUAAGAAAUUUUUGAUAUAGAAAUAAAACUUGCGUUUUUCUCUU